CAAUCCUUCUUUAAUUCUGCAGUGCGGAAAAUCGUCUUUCAUUUUUACUCUUAAUUCCUUCACCUUUAACCUCCUACCUCCUUUUCGUUUUUUUUUUACGAAACUAGAAAAUAAAAUUUAGAUUUUUUUCUUUCAUAAAAAUUUGCUUUUAUAAAUAAAAUGGCAAGAAUUUCUUGGAUUGUACUUUUAGUCUUUGCUGUUUUACUUGUGAAUUUUAUCUCCAAUUCUCCGGUUGAAUCCGCUACGAAACGUAGAGCUUUAAAUUCUCGUAGUGAAGUAUUACGUAUGGUAACCAGAAACAUACCAACCCCAUUCCGUGGAACUAACCAAUCUCAAUUAUUACGCAAGAGAACAACAACUACUAACAGAAAACGUUACAAUAAUCCAUUUCCAAAUUAUCAUAGAAGAAGUGUAAAAUAAGUCAUUUUUCUAAACUUGAAGAAGCAUUAAAUAAUAAUGAAAAUUUCGUUAUUAAACAGAAUCUUUGACUUUUAAAAUUAUUAUAUAUACUGUAAAAGAGAAAAAAUUUUUAAUAAUAAUAUGUAUAUUUUUUUUUCUUUUAAUUAUUUACUUAUUCAAAUA